GCUGGUGGUUCGGUUCGUGCGGAAGCUGGUGUGGGAUGCAAGGAUGAUCGCGGAGCAUUAUGUGAGGUCGGUGAAGGGGUUCUGGUUCGAUGUUUUUGUCAUUCUCCCUGUGCCUCAGGCAAUAUUCUGGUUGGUGGUACCAAAACUGAUAAGAGAAGAACAAAUUAAGCUCAUAAUGUCAAUACUUUUGAUGAUGUUCCUGUUUCAAUUUCUUCCCAAGGUAUACCACAGUAUUUGUAUAAUGAGGAGGAUGCAGAAGGUCACUGGUUACAUCUUUGGAACAAUCUGGUGGGGAUUUGCGCUUAAUCUCAUUGCCUAUUUCAUUGCAUCACAUGUCGCUGGGGGGUGCUGGUACGUUCUUGCCAUUCAGCGCGUUGCAUCCUGUAUCCAACAGGAAUGCGAGAAGAACAACAAUUGCGACCUUGUGUCGUUGGCCUGCUCCAAGGAAGUCUGCUACCGUCUUCCAUUACCCUCAGGCUUGGACGAACUAGAAUGUCAGAGUAAUUUGACGAGUGUCGGGAUGCAGAAUAAUUCAGCAUGUUUGAAUGUUAAUGGGCCAUUCCCUUACGGGAUAUACAACUGGGCGCUCCCUGUUGUUUCAAGCAAUUCACUUGCUGUCAAGAUCCUUUAUCCUAUAUUUUGGGGCCUUAUGACGCUCAGCACUUUUGGUAAUGAUCUCGAACCUACAAGCAACUGGCUAGAAGUGAUCUUCAGCAUAAUCAUUACACUGAGCGGUCUGAUGCUGUUCACUUUGUUGAUUGGUAACAUUCAGGUGUUCUUACACGCAGUAAUGGCGAGAAAGAGAAAAAUGCAACUAAGAUGCCGAGACAUGGAGUGGUGGAUGAAGAGGAGACAACUUCCCUCUCGCUUUAGGCAGAGAGUUCGCCAAUAUGAGCGCCAGAGAUGGGCUACGAUGAGAGGGGAGGAUGUAAUGGAGAUGAUCAAAGACUUGCCUGAAGGCCUCAGGCGAGAUAUCAAGCGUUAUCUCUGCCUAGAUCUCAUUAAGCAGGUGCCUUUGUUCCACAACUUGGACGAACUGAUACUCGACAACAUCUGUGACAGAGUUCAACCUCUGGUUUUCUCCAAGAAUGAAAAGGUAAUCAGAGAAGGUGACCCGGUGCAAAGAAUGGUCUUCGUUGUAAAAGGCCAUCUAAAAAGCAGCCAGCCCCUAAGCAAGGGCGUAGUCGCAACAUGCAUGCUUGGGCCAGGAAACUUCCUGGGUGACGAGCUCCUCUCAUGGUGCCUCCGCCGCCCCUUCCUCGACCGCCUCCCCGCUUCGUCCGCCACAUUCGAGUGCAUCGAACCAACCGAAGCCUUCGCUCUUGACGCGCCUCAUCUCCGGUACAUAACCGAACAUUUCAGAUACAGGUUCGCGAACGAGAGGCUGAAGAGAACUGCGAGAUACUACUCGUCGAACUGGAGAACAUGGGCAGCUGUUAAUAUUCAACUUGCUUGGCGUCGAUACAGGACGAGGACGAGGGGCGCGGUGGUCGAACCGCCGGAAUUUGGCGACAGUGACCGCCGCCUUCGGCAGUACGCGGCGAUGUUCAUGUCCCUCCGGCCUCAUGAUCACCUUGAGUGAAAGAAUCAGAGGAAAUGAUGGAAUUGCCGAAGCUAGAAGCUGAGACAGACUCAGAGAGGUCAGGUACAGGAAGUCAGUUACAGGAUAAACAUGAUCAAGAACUACGUAGUAAACAUGAUCAAGAAUUACGUACUGUCAAGCAAGAGAAUGAAGAUUUAAAGGUUGAGAAUGAAGCAUUAGUCGAAUUGAUUAGAGAGACUGAGGAAAUCAUGGAAGUAAUAAGAAAAGAAAAUGAUUUAAUCUGCAAAGAAAAUCAAGAGAUGGAGUUGGACUUGGAGAAAUUUGUGAAAAUUAGGCUUAAACGUGAUGCAAUUUCAUGUGAUUGCAUUUGUUGUCUUGGGUAAAGAAGAAAGAUACAACAGAAAAUAUAUAAUAU